CGCCAACUAAUCUCCGUCCACAACCCAUCUCUUCCACCAUGGCUGACGCUGACACUACGCCGAAAGACCCGAGUCCACCGCCUGACGCUGUGGUUAAGAAACGCAUCAUCCGCAAGAAGCGACGCCCCGCGCGCGUCCAGAUCGAAGCCGACAAGGCCAAGGAGAUCCAGGCUCAGUUCCAGCCCCAGUCCGGCACAACCUACAAUAUCUACUACAACAAAUGGGCAGGCGGAGACCGGGAGGAUUACUCACAGGCGGCGGCGAAGACGAGGUGUAAUCUCGCCCGCGAUUCAGGGUACACCAAGGCUGACGCGCAGCCCGGCGCGCACAUCUGCCUGCAUUUCGCUCGAGGUCUUUGCCACCGUGGUCAAGACUGCGAAUACCUUCAUCGCCGACCGACGAUCCAUGACAUCACUCCUCCUCAGAUGGAUGUUUUCGGGCGCGAGAAAUUCAACGACUAUCGGGAUGACAUGGGUGGUGUGGGUAGCUUCCUGCGUCAGAACAGGACGAUCUAUGUUGGCAAAAUUCAUGUCAGUGACGAUAUCGAGGAGGUAGUGGCGCGUCAUUUCGCGGAAUGGGGCGAGAUUGACCGGAUCAGAGUUCUGACCAGCCGUGGUGUUGCAUUCGUCACCUACAAAACCGAAGCUAUGGCCCAAUUCGCGAAAGAGGCAAUGGCGCACCAGAGUCUCGACCACAACGAAAUUCUGAACGUCCGCUGGGCCACGCAGGAUCCCAAUCCCUUGGCGCAAAAGCGAGAAGCCCGACGCAUCGAAGAGCAAGCCGCGGAGGCCAUUCGCCGCGCUCUGCCGGCCGAGUUUAUCGCCCAAAUCGAGGGCAAGGAUGCCAACGCGAAAAGACAGAAGACCAGCUACGACCUCGAGGGCUACGAUGAGCCGGAUCAGGUGCGCUUUGCCGUCGGCUUGCAGAAAACCGAGGAUAGCCAGCCAGAGCAGCUUGCACUUGAGGGAGCUGAGGAGCAGCGCGGACAGGCGGUAAUUCCUGGUGCGCAGGCCGAGCAGGGCGGCAUAUUCUCUAGUAGUACGCUAGCCGCACUAGGCGCUGCUCGUGCUUCGGUUUCCUCGAAGCCUCAGCAGGUGGCCUCGGCACAGCCGUUGGUGGCGUAUGACAGCGACGAUGAGUGAGGCAUACAAUAGGCAUCGGCCUACUAGUAAUUGAGAAGCUACACGGGAACAUUGUGUUUUUGCUUCAGCAUUGGAGGUCAUCGAACAUUUCACCAGCAAACAAUGGCAACUGUCCGGAUUUCAGACUUCGUUGCGGUGACUCUCCACCUUUCAUUGUCUGCAGAUGCAUGACCUUUUCCCUACGAGCUCGGCCACUCGCAGGGCAUCCGGCACCAAUGACGGAUUGGGUGCCAUGUAACACAAAAUGACGAUGAAAAUUGUCAGUGGCUUCGAUGAGCGGUAUAUGACAUCUUAUGUCUUAGCGGGGAGAGGUCUGAAAAGCAGACAAUGUCAACAGGCACGAACGAGGCAUCGCCGAAUGAGGUGGUAUUCCGCGGCGGAGCAUCAAAGCCACCAUAAACAGACAACCAAUAUAAUUUUUACAAUGAUCAAGCCACAACAAUACUGUCUCAAAAUUGUUGACUAUGUAUGAUACCCAUAU